AUGAUUUUCAUUUUAUAAAGGCCAAUGUGCUCGUAAGUUUUUUCCUCAUCCAGAAUUUAAGAUUCCACAAUCACCUAACCAAAUGACUCUUAAUGGAACUUUGGUUAAGGAAACAACGAUCAAGUCAGAUGGAGAUGCAUUCUUGGAACUAUUUUGCUACAAACCAUACGAGAUAUCAGAUAUGUGCCCACCCAGUAUCCAAAGUUGUGAUAUACUAGAUGGUAAAUGGGGUUCUCUCGGAUCAGUCAUUAUCUGGAAAUAUAGUCAUAAUGGCAGUGACUGUACAGCUAAAGAAGUGAUUGAAGAAUACGAUACGGAGAAGAAAUUAGUAUGCUUCAAAGUGGUUGAUGGGACUCUAAUGGACUAUUACAAGAGCUUCUUCUUGACUAUUCAUGUAGACACAAAGGGAGAGAAGCACUCGGUGACUUGGAAAUUGGAUUACGAGAAGCUUAAUGAAAAUGUUGAAGAUCCGAAAACUUUGAUGGAUUUUUGCCUUAAUGUCACCAAAGAUAUCGACAAUCACCGGCAUAAGCAUUUUAAUGAAAGCGAGAUGAAUCUGAGUGGAAACUUGGUCAAGGAAAUAGUGAUCAAGUCAGAUGGAGAUGCAUUCCUUGAACUAUUUUGCUACAAACCAUAUGAUAUAUCAAAUAUGUGCCGAAGCAGUAUCCAAGGUUGCGAUAUACUAGAUGGUGAAUGGGGUUCUGUGGGAUCAGUCAUUAUUUGGAAAUAUCAUCAUGAUGGGAUGGACUGUACGGCUAAGGAAGUGAUUGAAGUAAAUGACAGGGAGAAGAAAUUAGUGUGCUUCAAAGUGGUUGAUGGGACUCUAUUGGAUUAUUACAAGAGCUUAUUCUUGACUAUUCAUGUCGACACAAAGGGAGAGAAGCACAUAGUGACUUGGAAUUUGACUUACGAAAAGCUUAAUGAAAACGUUGAAGAUCCAAAAAGUUUGAUGGAGUUUUGCCUCAACGUCACCAAAGAUAUCGACAAUAGUCAGCAUAAGCAUUUUAACGAAAGUGAGAUGAAUCUGAGUGGAAACUUGGUUAAGGAAACAACGAUAGAGUCAAAUGGAGAUGCAUUCCUUGAACUAUUUUGCUACAAACCAUAUGCUAUAUUAAGUAUGUGCCCAAACAAUAUCCAAGGUUGUGAUAUACUAGAUGGUGAAUGGGGUUCUGUUGGAUCAGUCAUUAUUUGGAAAUAUCAUCAUGAUGGGAGGGACUGUACGGCUAAGGAAGUGAUUGAAGCAAACGACAAGGAGGAGAAAUUAGUGUGCUUCAAAGUGGUUGAUGGGACUCUAAUGGACUAUUACAAGAGCUUCUUCUUGACUAUUCAUGUAGACACAAAAGGAUCGAAGCACUUGGUAACUUGGACUUUGGCUUACGAGAAGCUUAAUGAAAACAUUGAGGAUCCAAAAACUUUGAUGGAGUUUUGCCUUAAAGUCACCAAAGAUAUCGACACUCACCAACACAAGCAUAACAACUAAAUUUCGAUAUGAAGAACAAUAAAGACUAUUGAACGUUUAUUUUAAGUGCAUCUCAACUGUCACUAUGGUCAUGUAUCAUUCUAUUUCUGCAAGAAAAACUCUUUCUUAAAUGCUUUAAUCAGAUUGUUCUUGUCCUAUGACGAACAAUAUAUGUAUAAUAAUAUUUAAUGUUUAAUAUAAA